UCACUCCUACGAGUUUCAUUAGUGCCGAUGUGUUUCUGUAUACUGCACGGAAAAUCAGAAAAAUGGCGUCAGCAAAGCUAAAGUUUCACACGCAGAUUAGUGCACCAGAGAAGCCUUCUUCCGGAAGGAAAGUAACGAUCGUCGGUGCCGGUCAGGUUGGCAUGUCUAUCGCGUUUUGCUUCGUCAACCAGAGUAUAACAUCUGAACUGGCAUUGGUCGAUGUGAUGGAGGACAAACUUAAGGGAGAGUUGAUGGAUUUGCAGCACGGUUUGGCUUUUGUCCAUAAUGUCAAAAUCUGCUCUGGUUCAGACUAUGCUCUGUCAGCUGACUCUAAAUUGUGUAUCGUGACGGCUGGUGCUGAAUUACGUGAGGGUGAAUCCCGAUUGGAUUUGGUGCAACGCAACACAGAAAUUUUAAAAGACAUCAUCCCAAAACUGGUCCAGCACAGUCCCGAUACCAUUCUUCUCAUAGUUUCUGAUCCCGUUGAUCUAUUGACCUAUGUGGCCUGGAAGUUAAGUGGACUACCAAAAGAACGUGUCAUUGGAUCUGGUACAAACGUGGAUUCUGCUCGAUUCCGCUUUCUGCUCUCUGAGCGAUUUAAAGUUGCACCAAAUUCGAUCCACGGCUGGAUUAUUGGAGAGCACGGUGACACGAGUGUUCCUGUGUGGUCCGGUGUCGACGUUGCCGGCGUUCGUUUGAGGGAUCUCAAUCCUGCGGCUGGGGCGGAAUCAGACACUGAAAACUGGAAUGACAUUCAUAAACAAGUUGUUCAGAGCGCUUAUGAAAUUAUCCGUUUGAAGGGACACACGUCUUGGGCAAUGGCUGCAAGUGUUGCGACUCUCACAACAGCCAUAUUGAAGAACACGCGAAACGUGCAUGCAGUCUCGACAGCAGUCGAGGGAAUCCAUGGUGUUCAGCACCCCGUUUUCCUUUCCGUCCCAUGUGUUCUCGGCGAAAGCGGCAUUACAGACAUUAUCCAGCAAACGUUAACUGAAGACGAGCGAUCCCAGUUUCAAAAAUCAGCUGCAACUUUAAACGAAGUUCAAUCAAAUUUGGUGUUCUAAAAACGAUAGAGGAGAAUUUAAGUGUUAAGUUUUAAAAAGAUUUAUCACAGUCGCAGUGUCAAACGCCUGGGUUAUUUACUUUGAACUAUUAUUUAGCUCACUCUUCAUGGUUUCAGCAGUUAAGCAUGACUACUAACAAAUAAACAAAAUCGCACUGGAUAAGAGCAAAU